AUGAAGAAAGAAGGGGAAAGAAAGUCCGAUUUCUUGAUUUCUGAUUUCAUGGGCGUUGACACAUGUAUUUGUACAUCGAUGAAGGUGAGAAGGAAAGCACGAAGCGGCUGCAAGGUCCAAUGGAUGUCGAUCGAUUACAGGCUAAGGAAAGCACGAAGCGGCUGCAAGUUUGGUAAUCUUCCAUAUGGUUUUCGGGCGAACACUUGGUUGGUUCCUCCAUCCAUUUUAGACUCAGAAUCAAACUUCCAGCCACUUCCAUCAGAAGAUGAAAACUGGGGUGGCAAUGGUGGAGGCCAAGGGGAAAAUGGUCAACAUGACCAUAGACCAUGGGCCACAGAGUUUGCAAUAUUAGCCAACCUUCCUUGCAAGACUGAGGAAGAAAGGGUGAUUCAUGAUCGAAAGGCAUUCUUGCUUCAUAGCUUGUUUGUUGAUGUCUCUAUCUUUAAAGUUGUUUCAACCAUACGCAAAAUCAUAGAUUCUGUUGCAACAUCAAACUGUUCUCCAGGAUCAAUAGUACGUGAGGAUCGUGUGGGGGACUUGUUUAUUACAGUGAGGCGUGAUGCAGCUGAUGCAAGCUCAAAGUCAGAAGUGAAGGUAGUUGGUGUUGGAUCUCCUACCAUGUCUUCUGAUGAAGUUGCUAUAACAAAUUUACUCAAAGGAAUAACAGCAGAUGAGAAUGCAGUAGUCCAUGACACCACCUCCCUGGGUACUGUAUUUGUAAGACAUUGUGGAUAUACAGCAACUGUAAAGAUUGUUGGUGACAUCAAAAAGGCAAAGUUCAUAUCACAAGAUAUAUCGAUUGAUGAUCAACCAGAAGGUGGAGCUAAUUCCCUUAACAUUAACAGCUUAAGGGCUCUGCUUCCCAACUCAAGAGAUGUGGAAUUAUCAGGAUCCCUGUCAUCUGAACAGGGGAAUUUUGAAGCUUCAAGGUGUUUGGUUGAACAAGGGAAUUCUGAUUCUGUUAGAAUAGAAUCUUGAAGAUGAACAUUGUAUGGAAUGAAGAUGAACAAUGACCACCGAUCUUCCAAAAAGAAUGGAUUAUUCUACCAGAAUAAUAUACAAUAUAAUGAAAAAAAAUGUAAUAGUAUAUUCUGGUAGAAUGAUUUAUAUAUUGUGUUUUUUUGUUAUUAAUAAGUGUAACAUUCUCAUAGAA